UUGCCCUCACGAGCGUUACGGUUGAUGGUUCGUCUUGGGCAGGCUUUUGGCGCACUUUUGCUAGCGCAGCAGCGUGGUGGGGAGUACAAGAGGAUCGCUUCGGAUCACAAUAUUAUGGCACGGGUCAAGGACAUGGCUGCUGUUCAUGGCAUGGACAUCAGAACGCUGGAGAUAUUGUAGCCAGUACAUGGAUUUCAAAGAACGAACAUCUAUAUACGUACGAUAACGACGAUUAAGAUUGUAUGAUCAUUGAUCACAUGAGACACCGAGGCGUUGUUUGGCGUUUGUUUGUCUCUACUAAGUGGCUUGGUCCUUGUCCCUGUCAUUCCCAA